GGAAAAUUAUUUCUAAUUUGGUUUAUAAUGCAGCCAAAUUUUCAAGUGUUACAGUAGAAUACAGAUAUUUUCACAUAGGCAGUGUCUUAAGUUUACCUUUCAGGAAGCUAUGAGAGGAGGUAUCCCACCAAAAUGAGAGAAUGUAUCAAGAAAAAGAAAGACAAGGGGUUUAGGAAACAUUAUCCGACCCAAAGAGAGGUGAAGGAAAUACCUGGAUCACACUGAAGGGAGACCCCCAGGUGACAGUUGAGCACCAGGAGCAGACAGCAACCAGUCCAGAGGGGAGCAGGUGGCGACAGACAAGGUUGCAGAAAAGCUGAGUUCUACUUUCUCAUGGGUGAAGAACACAGUAUCACAUACAGUCAGUCAGAUGGCCAGUCAGGUGGCAAGUCCAUCUGCCUCAUUACAUACUACAUCCUCAUCUACCACACUAUCCACGCCAGCCUUUUCACCAUCUUCUCCUUCACAGUUGAGUCCAGACGACUUAGAACUCCUGGCUAAACUGGAGGAACAAAAUAGAUUGUUAGAGACGGAUAGUAAGUCUUUAAGAUCUGUAAAUGGGUCAAGAAGAAACAGUGGCUCCUCCCUUGUAUCAAGUUCAUCAGCCUCUAGCAAUCUCAGCCACCUUGAAGAAGAUUCUUGGAUUCUUUGGGGAAGAAUUGUUAAUGAAUGGGAAGAUGUACGCAAAAAGAAGGAAAAGCAAGUUAAGGAGCUUGUUCAUAAAGGGAUACCCCACCACUUUAGAGCAAUAGUUUGGCAACUUUUAUGCAGUGCACAAAGUAUGCCAAUUAAGGAUCAGUAUUCAGAACUCCUGAAAAUGACCUCACCAUGUGAAAAAUUGAUCCGAAGGGACAUUGCUAGAACUUAUCCUGAACACAAUUUUUUUAAGGAAAAAGAUAGCCUUGGACAGGAGGUUUUAUUUAAUGUAAUGAAGGCAUAUUCUUUAGUGGAUCGUGAGGUUGGUUACUGUCAAGGAAGUGCUUUUAUAGUUGGAUUGUUGCUUAUGCAGAUGCCAGAAGAAGAAGCUUUCUGUGUAUUUGUUAAAUUAAUGCAAGAUUAUAGACUUCGUGAACUUUUUAAACCAAGUAUGGCAGAAUUGGGCCUUUGUAUGUACCAGUUUGAAUGCAUGAUACAGGAGCAUCUUCCAGAGCUCUUUGUGCAUUUUCAGUCUCAGAGUUUUCAUACCUCAAUGUAUGCAUCAUCCUGGUUUCUGACUAUCUUUCUUACGACUUUUCCAUUACCAAUUGCAACAAGGAUAUUUGAUAUCUUUAUGUCCGAGGGUUUAGAAAUAGUGUUUCGAGUAGGAUUAGCGCUUCUUCAAAUGAAUCAGGCAGAACUGAUGCAACUUGACAUGGAAGGGAUGUUACAGCACUUUCAGAAAGUCAUUCCACAUCAGUUUGAUGGUGGUCCAGACAAAUUAAUCCAGGCAGCUUACCAAGUCAAAUAUAACUCAAAAAAAAUGAAAAAGCUUGAAAAGGAAUAUACUACAAUAAAAACUAAAGAAAUGGAAGAGCAAGUUGAAAUUAAAAGGUUACGCACAGAAAAUAGACUUUUAAAACAGCGCAUUGAAACAUUAGAAAAAGAAAGUGCUUCCUUGGCAGAUAGAUUGAUACAGGGACAAGUGACAAGAGCCCAGGAGGCUGAGGAAAACUACCUCAUAAAACGGGAGUUGGCCACCAUCAAACAGCAGAGUGAUGAGGCCAGUGCUAAACUGGAGCAAGCUGAAAAUACCAUCAGGAAGCUCCAGCACCAACAACAAUGGCAUAAAUGCAAUUCCAACUACAAUGAAGAUUUUGUGCUGCAACUAGAGAAGGAAUUGGUCCAAGCCCGUCUGAGUGAAGCUGAGUCUCAGUGUGCACUAAAGGAGAUGCAGGAUAAAGUCCUGGAUAUAGAGAAGAGAAACAACUCCUUUCCUGAUGAGAAUAACAUUGCAAGGCUUCAGGAAGAGCUCAUUGCUGUGAAACUGAGAGAAGCAGAAGCUAUUAUGGGAUUGAAAGAACUUAGACAACAAGUCAAGGAUUUAGAGGAACACUGGCAGCGCCACUUAGCUCGUACUACUGGGAGGUGGAAAGACCCACCUAAGAAAAAUGCUGUGAAUGAGUUACAGGAUGAACUGAUGACCAUUCGACUUAGAGAAGCUGAAACUCAGGCAGAAAUAAGAGAAAUAAAACAAAGGAUGAUGGAAAUGGAAACACAGAAUCAGAUCAAUAGUAACCAUCUUCGAAGAGCAGAACAAGAGGUGAUUAGUCUACACGAGAAGGUGCAAUAUCUUUCGGCACAGAACAAAGGACUACUUACUCAAUUAAGUGAAGCAAAGCGCAAACAAGCAGAGAUUGAAUGCAAGAACAAGGAAGAAGUGAUGGCUGUGAGACUCCGGGAAGCCGAUAGCAUAGCUGCUGUGGCUGAAUUACAGCAGCACAUUGCUGAGCUGGAAAUCCAGAAGGAAGAAGGAAAGCUUCAAGGACAGCUUAACAAGUCUGAUUCUAACCAGUAUAUUAGGGAACUGAAAGAUCAGAUAGCAGAGCUGAAUCAUGAGCUCAGGUGCCUAAAAGGCCAGAGGGUCUUCUCAGGCCAGCCUCCUUUUGAUGGAAUCCACAUUGUCAACCAUUUAAUAGGAGAUGAUGAAUCAUUCCAUUCCUCUGAUGAAGAUUUUAUGGAUAAUUCCUUACGGGAAAGUGGUGUUGGUUUUCCUUUGCACAGAAAAUCUGGCCCGAUGUCUUUGGACCCCACUGUGGCAGAUGGUAGUGAAAGCGAAACAGAAGACAGUGUGUUGGAGACAAGAGACGGCAACCAAAUGGCUCGAAAGGAGCAGCCCCCAAGAAGAGAGUCGUACUCAACCACUGUCUGACCAUCACUGUGACCUAGACUGUGGGGUUUUUUAAGGGAUCAGUUAUAUGAUUAAGGGUUUUUGGAACAUACCUGUUUCAUAUGUACAUACGAAUAUAUAUAUACAUAUAUAUAUAUAUAUAUUUUACAGUCUUAUCUGCCUUUUUAUCUUUGCCAAAUCUUCACCACUGACUUACCAUUGCCAUAAAGUAGACUGGAAUAUGGUUAAUGGGAAAAAUAAGGUUCUAACAGUAUUACUGAAUAUUAAUGUUUCUUGUUUAGAAAAUGCAGUUUAUAUGUGGGAAGCAUUUUGGAGUUCAGGACUAUGGAAAAUUGAAUUUUCUUCAGACAAAACUGCUCUAGUGCAAUAUUUCAUGCUCAUUCAACAAAUUGCAUAUUUAUUAGUUUGUUUUCAGGGCAGCUGUCUACAAACAUUUGACCAAGAUAUACAUCUAAUUUAUCUUGUGUUUUUGUGUUGGGGGAGUGUUUCUGGGUUCUUUGUUUUUUGUUUUUUGUUUUUCAGUUAAAAUUACUGCUUUAGUAGUGGGCCACUGAAAGCUCCCAAAUACAAUGCCUUUUUUUCCCCAUAUAAUUUUACAAACACAAAUGAAUGGUCAUCUGUCUUGAGAGUUUUAAGUUUUGUUUUAAUUUUAAUUUUUUUGUGCAUAUGAUGCUUCCAUGUGUUGCCUACUGGUCAGAGUAGUAGGUUAACUACAGAUAAAUGGGGUUUUUGUACAUAUUUAUAAAUUUACAUCACCCACAUUGAAAAUCAUUUUAUAUGGAGAAUGUACAUGUUGCCAAAUGACUGCCUUCAGCAUUCUAACA